CUAGGAAGCUGAUUGGCUUAUUCCGCUUCACUGGGCGUUUGAGCGGAGAGGAAAACAGGAAACACACUGUUGCUUAAAGAAUGUCUUUUUAUGGAUAACGACAGUUUGACAGUGUAGUUGUUUUAAUUUUGCCAUGAGGAGAGUCACACUGUUUGUCAACGGAACCUCUUCAAAUGGGAAGGUGGUGGCCGUGUACGGCUCUCUGGAGGAUCUACUGUCUGUGGCCAGCUCUAAACUGGGAGUCCGAGCCUCUAGCGUCCAUAACGGGAACGGCGGCCUCAUAGACGACGUCACGUUAAUCAGAGAUGACGACGUGCUGUACGUAUCGGAGGGAGAUUCAUCAGAAGAUCCUCAGGACGACCCCGCAGACCUGGAGAAGGACCAGACUCACACUGAUUGGCUGACGCUCAACGUGGGCGGACGCUGCUUCACGACCACUAGUACUGUGUGGGUCAGUGUAGCCCUGUCCCUGUGUGGGACUGUGUGGAUCUGUCUCAUCCACACAGUCGCUCUGACUGUCUUGUGUGUCGGUCAGGGUCUGAACUUUAACGGGGCCGAUCUGUCUCGUCUGGAUCUGCGCUACAUCAACUUUAAGAUGGCCAACCUGAGAGGAGCCAACCUGGCCCACGCUAACCUGAGCGGAGCCAACCUGGAGAGAGCAGACCUGUCCAUGGCCUGCCUCGAUGUGAGUCGGGUCUGGCUUUCAUUUAGUACCCAGUCUACAUGUCCAGCACCUGAGGUAUACAGUGAGAGCAUACAGGAGGCCUCAGCCAAUCACUACGCUCCGUUACCCUGCCAGUCAGAUUACCAUGAAGACGGUGACCCGGUCCAGAACUGUGACUUAUCAGGAUGUGAUCUCCAGGAGGCGAACCUGCGAGGCUCCAAUGUGAAGGGGGCCAUCUUUGAGGAGAUGCUGACUCCUCUGCACAUGUCUCAGAGCGUGCGGUAAAAACACCAACGCAGCCAUAAGGUGCUUUAGACCACACACACCCCCAGUGGAGAUGAAAUCAGUCUCAUAGAGGUGAUGAUUGUGACGACACAUGUGGGUAAAUUACAGUUUCUUACACAAAGGUGUCCGCUCAAUAUGGCUCGCCUUUGCUCAAAAAAAGAGAAAUCUGAAAUAUAUUAAUCAGAUGAAUGGCGCCCGACCUAGGGGUGGAGGAAAAAUCAAUCCAUCAUAGUAUUGCGACUUGUCUUUUAUUGCCCGACCCCCCUCCCCCCCCCCCCUCGGCACCGCUGCAAGACUCUUUUUUUGAGACAUGUGUCUCUGUCUGAGCGUCUUCCAUUGUCUCCCCAGGAUGUCCCACGCCUGUCCUAACCUUUGUCGGCCAUUUCCUUCACGAGUUCCUGAUAAAUUAAAUCCAGAAAGUC